AUGCAAUCCCGUCUUUUGCUUCUUUUGUUCGCUCUCCUUGCCUUGGCGUGCUUCGUGGAAGCGCAAUGGGGUCCCUAUGGUGGCUACGGCGGCUAUGGAGGAGGACCAUGGGGAGGCUAUAGACCGUACUAUCGACCACCUCCCUACUACGGUGGAUACGGGCCCGAUUUCGAUCUGGAAGAACAACCGGGUUGCGGUCGCAGGUCGUCGCUUGAUAAUGAAGAUCUGGAGAGAGCCGUGGAAGCAAAUCCGGAAACUAACACAUUAACAGAAGACCUGGGCGUACAUCGUGCUACAGUAGUUAGACAUUUGGCGGAAAUUGGCAAGACGUCUAAUCGCGAUUUUCGUCAAAUUUACUUCUACGAGUUCAAAGUGGGCCGCACUGCCGCUCAAACCGCUCGAAAUAUCAACGAAGUAUGGGGCCAGGGAAGUGUCAACGGAUGUACAGUACAACGUUGGUUCCAAAAGUUUCGUGCCGGCAACACCAGCCUCGAAGACGAACAACAUGGCAGCCGUCCACCAAUACUUAAUAACGACUUAUUGAAGGCGACAGUCGAAGCUGAUCCACGCAAAACCACACGAGAUAUGGCCAAGGAGCUCAACGUCGAUCACACUACAGUUGUUCGCCAUUUGGAACAAAUUGUUAUGACCAAGAAGCUUGACAAGUGGGUUCCACAUGAAUUGACCGAAAGUCAGAAAAAUCGUCGUUUUGAGAUAUCGUCGGCCCAUCUUUUGCGCAAUGAAAACGAUCCAUUUCUCGAACGGAUUGUGACUUGCGAUGAGAAAUGGAUACUUUAUGAUAACAGGCGACGAUCUGCCCAGUGGCUGGACCAAAAAGAAGCUCGACGACAUCACCCAAAGCCGAAAACUCACCAAAAGAAGAUUAUGGUUACGGUUUGGUAG